CAACUAAUGGCGGCAUGAUUGAAGAUCGGUCAGCACAUUCUCGACAAAUAAAAAAGUUCUCUUUUGGAUUUUGUGCAGGUCAGAUUUUUGUCCGAGCUCGCUCUGUUCUGAAAUGAUCUGGCGGGCUUUCGAGCCGGCCGGCGGAUCUUCCGACCAGGACGAAAUCAUCGAUGAUGCGAAGUACAACAAGAACGGCAACUGUUCUGCGGCUGACAAGUUGCAGAGUUGCGGGAAGCCAUGGAUGGGUGAAGUCCGAAUAGAGAGAAAGAGAGGUGGAGCAAGGGGAGGGAGUUCCUCACCGGCGUCGAAUCCUUGAGCCGCGUUCGCCGGGCCGCUCGACUCCAUCGACGAUCUAUAAGGGAAAGGGUCAAGAAGCUGAUCAGCUGAGUUUCCCUCGAUCGAUCGCUCUCGCAGUCUUUUAGUUUGUGAAGGAAGGUUAGGUUUUAGAGCUGGAACUCUGAGAGAACAAUGAGCACAAAGAUUAUAAUUUCAGGAGGAAAACAGAAACGAUUUAGUUGGGCAGUAAAGGCCAUCCAGAGUUUAUUUGAGUCCAUACAUAAAGCAUUUAGAAGUGCUUUUUACCACACAUCUAUGAAAGAUUCAGCUCUAAACGAGCCGCAAAACAGGAAAAAGGUACUUGAUCCGCAAGGUAAAUUUCUGCAAAGGUGGAACAAAAUAUUUGUUUUUACCUGCAUAAUUGCAGUAUCUGUGGAUCCCCUAUUCUUUUAUGUCCCAAUUGUCAAUGAUGACGAUAAUUGCUUCGAGCUUGAUGAGAAAUUAGAAAAGACAGCAAGUAUUUUGCGCUGUUUCACAGAUAUGUUCUAUGUGCUUCAUAUAAUUUUCCAAUUUAGAACUGGAUUCAUUGCUCCUUCGUCUCGGGGAUUUGGGAGGGGUGUUUUGGUUGAAGAUUUAUCAGCUAUAGCUUGGCGGUAUUUGUCAUCGAACUUCCUCAUUGAUAUCCUCGCAGUUCUUCCCCUUCCGCAGAUUGUUGCACUGAUCAUACAACCGAGAUUGAAAGAAUCAUCUCCGUUUGAUGCAAAAAACCUAUUGAUGUUUGUAGUCUUAUUCCAAUAUGUGCCUAGGCUUAUCAGGAUCAUUCCCUUGUAUACGGAAGUAACCAGAUCUGCUGGUAUUAUUACUGAAACAGCUUGGGCUGGGGCCGCAUUCAACCUCUUACUUUACAUGCUUGCAAGUCAUGUGGUUGGAGCAUCUUGGUACCUCCUUUCCAUACAGAGGCAGAAUGCAUGCUGGGACCAAGCUUGUUCCAUGAUUAAUUGCAGCACUGCCACUUGGUACUGUGGGAAAGAGCAAGGCCAAAAUAAUAGCUUUUUAGUUGAUGCAUGCCCCAUACAAAAUACGAAUAAUUCAGUCUUUAACUUUGGAAUCUACAUUCCAGCUCUUCAGAACAUAGUUCAGUCCAGAGAUUUUCCAGAGAAGUUCUUUUACUGCUUUUGGUGGGGGCUGCAGAAUCUGAGUUCUCUUGCACAAAACCUGGUAACAAGUAGUUACGAAUGGGAGGUUCUCUAUACUAUUUUUGUCUGUAUUGCGGGUUUGGUCUUGUUCGCGCUUCUCAUUGGCAAUAUGCAGACUUACCUUCAAUCCACCACUGUAAGAGUAGAAGAAAUGAGGGUGAAAAGACGAGAUUCGGAGCAAUGGAUGAUGCACCGCCUACUUCCUGAGAGCUUGAGGGAUAGAAUACGUCGUCAUGAGCAGUACAGAUGGCAAGAGACAAGAGGGGUUGAUGAAGAGAGCCUCCUAGAAAACCUUCCUAAAGACCUUAGAAGAGAUGUUAAGCGACACCUUUGUUUGGCUCUGCUCAAGAGGGUUCCAAUUUUUGAGAAGAUGGAUGAUCAGCUCAUGGAUGCCAUGUGUGAUUGCCUGAAGCCUGCUUUAUACACCGAAGAGAGCAUCAUUGUUCGAGAAGGGGACCCUGUAGAAGAGAUGAUCUUCAUUAUGGGUGGUAAGUUAUUGAGCGUGACAACCAAUGGCGGAAGGACUGGUUUCUUCAACUCAGAUUACCUCAAAGGCGGCGACUUCUGUGGGGAAGAGCUGCUCACCUGGGCUCUUGAUCCCCAUUCCUCUUCCAGCCUCCCAAUCUCUACCAGAACAGUGAAGGCAUUGUCUGAGGUCGAAGGUUUUGCCCUAAAAGCCGAAGAUCUGAAAUUUGUUGCGACCCAAUUCCGAAGACUCCACAGCAAGCAGCUCCGCCACGCCUUCAGGUUUUAUUCGCAACAGUGGAGAACAUGGGCUGCUUGUUUCAUACAGGCAGCUUGGCGUCGCCAUUCGAGAAAGAAGUUCGAGAAAACCCUAAUCGAGAAAGAGAACAGGUUGCAGGCUGCGUUGGCGAAAGGAGGCACGAACUCGCUGAGCCUCGGCGCGGCAAUUUAUGCCUCCAGGUUUGCUGCGAAUGCUCUGCGAAACUUGCGGCAGAGUGGGGCGGGGAAGGCUCGAAUACGGGGAAGAAGAGUUCCAUUAAUGGCUUUGCAGAAACCAUCGGAGCCUGAUUUCACUGCGGAGGAAGAUUGACAGGUUCUGCAACUGGUUCUGAUUUGGAUGGCACAAAGAUGCAAUUUUUAAUGGUUUAUGAUGAAUGGAUGCUGUAAAUUUUUUUUUUAUUUUUUACUGUUAACAUUGUAGAAAAAACAUACAAACUGCUGAGGAUGUGAUGAGGUGGGGUUGUUUUAUGCUGUAUAUAAUAAGG